CAAAGAUUGUAUGGCUUCAGAAAGUCUAUAAGAACGAGCGUUAUCUAGCCUUAAGCUUUGUCAUCAGCAAACACUCAAGCAGUAAACAUCCAAUCGAACCUUUUCAAAACCACCAAAACCAGGUCUAGGAUUUGGAUUUCAGACGCCUCUUUCAACUCAACAACAAUGUCCCAACGGGCUCAAGACAUCUACCCUUCAUCGAUGCUGUCCAAGGUUCACGGUUAUCCGUUGUGGCUUCCAGACAUGCCUUCAAAUUUGCCUGACGCUUAUCUUUGCCAUGGAACCCAAAUCGACGACGUCGGAUAUCUUGGGCACGAAUUCUCCUCGCCCGGAUAUCUUGACGAAUACGGAGGAUUCGAAUAUCUCUUCAAUGUGUGCAAGAGUGCUGAGGAUCCCGUAAAUCUGAACAGGGUUCCUCCCGACUUUGAACCCAUUCAGAGUCCUGGGGUACUAGAACAGCGUGGUUUCGAUAAGGAUUCGGUGAUCACCAGUACAUCUGUUGUGGUACAAAGGUCGACUGAAACCAAGUAUGUUUCCUGCUACUACUCAACUGUUCCCAUUUUGACUUGUAACAGUAGUUUUCAAUUCCCGAGUUCAAACACUCGGGGUGCAGUACUCAUCCUUCUCGAUGGCAGCGAAUCUUACAAUUCCAAGAAUCCUAGUUUGCUUGCGGAAUAUGCAGCUGCCAACGCUCAUAGCUGGUACAAAUAUGUUAAUGACGAUCAGGGGAGGAUGAUCCCGAACGGCUCGCUAUACCUAGUCACUGGAUGCGACAAAUGCCGCUCUUGGGGUAACGGAUGCUUCGCCGACUGGCAUCCUACACUGGAAUUCUACGCUCCUGAACCGGAAAAGCCACACUACCAGUGGGUGAAACACUCUGCGAGCGGACUUCACCUUCGGUAUCACCAUAGCGAAGGAACGGUUGCGAAUCAGACUAUCUUCCUGCGCGGAUACUCCAUCUCUGUUCGUACCAAGAGGGAAGACAGCAUACUACGGUGGAUUCUGGGAAUGUCGAGAACACGGGACGCGAUUCCAUACUGCCCUCCACAUAGGCUGCCUGGUGUGUGGGUUCAGCGAUUCCCGGCCGAAGGCGAGAUUGUUAAUCCCUCAGCGUCGAUAAACAAUCAUAUAUUGGACACCUACUGUAGCACCAAUGUCGCACUGACUCAUGAUCACUACAUGGGCAUGGUAAAUAAUGUUCAAAAACUGCUCAAGGCUGUAGAGCUUGCGAACGAUUUCAUCCCCAAUACCGACCUAGUUUUCAUCACCAAAAGCUCAGGAACGAACGGUGCAUGGAUAGCUAACCGAGGUUUCACAGAUAUACUCGGAAACCAACGCCGGAGGCUCGACUCGAAGGAUGCGGAAAUACUAGAAAAACUGACGCGUUGUACACCUGAACAGACUAAGGGUAUAAUAGGGCUACGGCCGCGUUUACCGGUUCGAACUCGAUUAAUGCUAGCGCUGAGAGGCGGUGAUACCCGGAGGUGGUGGAAAAAAGAUGACAAAAGAGUACGGUGA